CUCGCUACUCACUCCUUCCUUCUCCUCCCAAAACCCUCCUUCCUGCAAUUCUCCAGAUGAAACGACACCGUUUUCCUCCCAAAAUUCUCACAUGAAUUUCUCUCCCUUCUUCACCACUCUCCGAAUUUCCCAUUACCACACUCUCAAACCCAACAAUCCCGAACCAUGGUUCGUCAAAAUCGUUUCAACUCUCUUUCUUCGAUUCACAAAUCCAUUCAACGAUAAAUUCUCUAAUUACAUUACUCAUCACUUAACUCCUUUACUUGCAUUACAAGUUAUUCAAAAACUCAACAAUCCCCAAUUAGGUUUCAAUUUUUUUCAAUUUACUAAACAAAAAUUCAAUUUUUCAUAUUCCUUUUGGACUUACAAUAUUCUUUUAAGGUCUCUUUGUAAAGACCGACGACACGAUUCGGCGAAAUUUGUUUAUGAUUGUAUGAAGUCUGAUGGGUUAUUGCCUGAUAGUAGAUUGUUAGGGGUUUUAGUUUGUUGUUUUGCAUUUGCUGAUAGGUUUGAUGUUUCUAAAGAGUUUAUUUAUGAUGCUUUGUGUAAUAAUGUUGAUGUUAAUGUUGUUGUUUAUAAUAAAUUUUUCAACAUUUUGGUUAAAUGUAAUAGGUUAGAUGAUGCUGUUUGUUUGUUUAAGGAGAUUGUGAGAUUGAAUUUGAAUGUUGAUAGGUUUACGUUCAAUAUAUUGAUUCAAGGUUUUUGUGUUGCUGGGGAAAUCGAUGAAGCGUUUAGGUUUUUGAAUGAUAUGAGAAGUUUUGGUUGUUACCCUGAUGUUGUUACUUAUAAUACUCUUAUACAUGGCUUAUGUAGAAUUAAUGAGGUUGAUAGAGGACGAGAGUUACUUAAAGAGGUUGGUUUAGGAAGUGAGUUUGGUCCUAAACUUAAUGAUGUGAGUUAUACGACAGUGAUAUCGGGUUAUUGCAAAGUGGGGAAGAUGAACGAGGCUUUGUUUCUUUUUGAUGAAAUGGUUAGGUUCGGAAUUAGGCCUAGUUCGGCUACUUUUAAUGCACUUAUUGACGGAUUUGUUAAGGCUGGUGAUGUGGCUUCUGCAUUAGGUAUGCAUAAGAAGAUGCUCUUGCAUGGUUGUUGUCCUGAUGUCUUUACGUUCACUUCGUUGAUAAAUGGAUAUUGCAGAGCCGGACAGGUGGACUAUGGUUUGGACCUUUGGUAUGAAAUGAAUACAAGAAAUGUUUCUGCAAGUUUGUAUACUUUUUCUAUUCUUAUCAAUGCUCUUUGUAAGAGUAAUAGACUACAAGAAGCUCACGAGCUUCUGAGACUAUUGAAUCAGAGUGACAUUGUUCCGCAGCCCUUUGUCUACAAUCCUGUCAUUGAUGGAUAUUGCAAAUCCGGGAACGUUGAUGAGGCUAAUGCAAUUGUGCUAGAUAUGGAGGAGAAAUGCAAACCGGAUAAACUGACAUUUACUAUCCUUAUUAUUGGUCAUUGUAUGAAAGGAAGAGCGCCCGAAGCAAUUCGUAUCUUUUAUAAAAUGUUGGCUACUGGUUGUUGCCCAGACGACAUUACUAUUAGAACUUUAAGUUCAUGUCUUUUGAAGUCUGGGAUGCCUAAUGAGGCUUCACGCGUUAAAGAAACUCUUUUUAAGAAUCAGAGCACUUUGCUUAAAAAAUCUUAUCAUCAAAGUACAAAUUCAGAUACGCGGCAUUCUCUUUAUUGAAGUGCUACUGAAAUCAGUGGUUGUUAGACAUUGCUUCCACGUUUUCGCUUGAGCAAGGGAAUUAGAAUUGCCAAAUUCCUCAAUAUUCUGCUGUUGUUGAGAUAUGCAGUAUCAUUGUCGGUUCAACCAUGGCAAAUAAUUGGAGCUUCGUAAAACUUACGACAGUGUCACUUUGGAACGUGAGAUAUCGGACGCAGCUGCUGCAGCUAUAAUCAGGGGAUAAGUCUCUGACAUAAGGGCAUUGAUUAUUUGAGUAUCUGUAGAAUUAGUUGUUUUCCUGUGAACUGGAUCAUGGACGAUGCAUGUCUAUUCUGUUUUGGUAGUACUUGGAAUGGCAAGGGUAGUGCUUCACAAUCCUUGACAUAGCACUGAUGUGGGAAAUGAGCCUACCUGGUUGGUAACAAGCUUGAUGCUUUCUGGAUGUCAUUUGGAGUAAUAAAGAGAUAAAGUUUGUCAUAUGGAAGAGAUUUCAUGCAAGUUCAACUUGGUUUUUCCUUAAAUUUUUAUUUUUGUCAUUCAGACCCGCAAUUUUCUGCAGGUUUUGUAUUUAUUGCAUAUUAUUUAUAAGGUAUUGUUCAUUUAUGUGUAGUUAUGGGUGAUGAAUCCAAACCCUCCUAUGAAUUGCAAUAGGAUAUUGUUAAAUCCAAAAUUGGUACACCUUCCAAUGAUUUGAAACCGAUAAAUGCUGAAUCGGAGGUCUUAGUUGUUGACCUGUUGUUGA